AUGUCAUUAAAAGACUCAUUGCCCCUUAUCCAAAGCAAAUCUUCACAUGAGGGUCAUUUUACGUCACCAAGCCACGAUACACUCGCCAUGUCUCGUGGUCACCGUGAAAGUCAAAAUAACUCUCUGGCCAUUCACAGCCAUGAAAUCUCCAUUUCUGAUGAUAGUGUUCCUUUUUCCACGCUAUCUUCCGAAGAACAACCAUCUUCUGGGAGUUUGAGUUCGGGUUCCGCUGAUAAACAAAAUGUGAGGUACUCUACAGAACAAAUAGGUGAUAUCAUGAAGCGUCGGACACAACUUAUGGAGGACUUAAAUAUAAAUAAUAAUGUUACCGGAGGAUCCAUCACAAAAUCUUUGGAAUAUACAAAUCCAAGUUCUCUUAAGAGUGUAAUAUCGAAAGAAGAAGCUUCGGAUCGUUUAUCCAGAAAAUCAGAACACCCAAAAGCAUACUCAAGGGCAACCUUAGUAAAGGAGUUGUUCAGUGAUUUUUAUCGUUCAUUGGAAACCUACGAAACAGAAGUUCAAAAAGACCAAGAUGGUAAUAUUUUAUAUCCAGGUAUCGAGGGAGUGUUCAAUCCGUUACAGAUCAUGCGAAAUCGCCGUAUAAGAAAAUCCGAAGGUGUUUCCCUGAGAAAGGGAGUAUUUUCAAAAGUGAAGCUUCCUUCGCAAACUUUCAGCAGACAUAAAAGACCACGGUUGAUUUGGCAGAUAAAUCCUUACGAAUAUUCUGGUGAUUUUAUCUGGAGACGUACACAUUUGGCACAACUACGACGGCCUAAUGGGCAGUUAUGGCUUUCCAAAAAAUUACGCUAUAUUCGUGGUAAUCAAGAAAUAGGUAAUGGCCUACCGUUAGAUGACGGCUGGAAUUCCUUUGGAUUUAAAAGUCCCAGUGCAUAUUCAGAAAAGGAAAAGCGACUGAAUACUGAGUUAUCACUCGAUGUUAAUGAAAGUUCUGCAUCAAAGGCAAGGCACGAACAAUAUGAGAACAAAAAUCGGACAAAAAGUUUGGUUAAGAUGGUUGGUAAUCAUACAGCCACAAAUGAUAGGGCUUCUUUGUCACCAUCACGCUGGUAUCCUGGAAUGCUCACAACGUCAAAUGUCUCCGUCAGAAAGAGAGAGGCAUUGUCUAAUAGCAAUGGCUUAGCAUUACGUUCCUUUAAUAAUAAUAGAGAUUUAUCAUAUGCAUCAAUUCCCACACAUAGCAGGGAAAAUCCUGCUUUUAUUAAUUCAACAUCUGGUGGGUCAUCUGGAUCAACAUUCAAGGAAGAAGUAUUGUUAAUAAAACAAAUUGACCAUAGAUUAAAUUCAUCAAAUUUACAAAUGCGUAAUUCCACCAUUGGAUUUAAUCAAUUAUUGUCUGAAAGCAGUGCCCGUUUUUCUAGGAGGUUGAAUUGUUUUGAAACUCUUCAAGCAGAGAAUCAGAGUAAAUCAAGGAGAUUGGCAAACCAAAUAGAGGAAAUUGAUGAAAUUAUCCAUAGUCUUUCUUUGUCCAAUGGAAAGCAGUCAAUGCAACUGGAGGAACUUCUAGGUUAUUGUGAUAGAACGAAUGGUGAAAUUAACACUUCUAUUACCCUAAAGAUUCGUGACUUAAACGAAAGAUUGGACAAGUUAAUGACAAAUGAUAAUGAUACCCUCAUGAAUAUGUUUUAUAAUUUUGUUGAGAUGAUUAUAGUGCUUUUCCUUUGGAUGGUAUGGGUUGUUGUUGAAGUGCUGAGAUUUACAAAGGGUAGUGCUAGGAUUAUCCUUGGAAUAAUUAAAUGGAUUCUAUUUUAG